CUGCAAGGAAAAAGAUGUGGGCUGGCUGAAAGCGGAAGAUCAAACCAUCCUGACUCUGCACACCAAGGUCGUGACCCACAACUCGCGAAUCACCGUGUCCCACGACAAUCAGCGCCUGUGGCAGCUGCACAUUCGCCAGGUGAAGGAGUCGGACCGCGGCUGCUACAUGUGCCAGGUCAACACGGAAAUUAUGAAGAAGCAAAAAUAAAAAUUCACACGGGCUCCCCACACGGG